CAUAUGUAUUUUAGAUUACUGUGUAAUCAGUAAUAAAUCUGUAAUAGUCAGGCAGAAUACAUCUAGUCAGGCAUAUCUAAUAAUCAAGCAGGAAAUAUUCGUUCCGCAUAGCGGAAUUUCCUUCUCUAUAUCUUGCAAAGUCAAUAGACAUUUUGCGACCGAGAUUUAAAACCGCACGUCGCCACUUCAUCUUCCGGCCGUUAUAAAUAAACAAAGAAGAAAUUUUGUAAUGCUCAUUAUCUAAUGAUACGCCGCGUUAGAAGCAGUUUAUUUGCGCAUAUUAUAUGUUAAUCAUGAAGUUUCUUACAGUAGUGUGUACUUUAGUGACUACAUGGAUUUAUGCCGAGAGCAUGCAAUUCACCGACGAUGAAUUACGUCCGCACGAAGGGGUGGCGAUAGGAUGCGCAGGAAGACGUAUGCAAUUGAAUAAUCAGAUGAAAGAAGUAAUGUGCGUGCCAAGGCACGCUAUGGUAAAAUUAAUACCGCAACCGGGCUACACUUUUUAUCCGAAUUAUGCCUCGGUGAAAAGAUGCAGUGGUUUCUGUCCGAGGAAUAAAUCAUGCAUGCCAGUUCGCAAAAAUGUUAGAAAGAUCGCAGUGAGAAUGGACGGCUAUGACUCAAGCGAGUGUUAUCACGUGUUGCUCGAGGAGCACACCAAAUGCAAAUGUCAAUGUAGCGUGACAGAAAAUCAUUGCAACAUUCAUCAGGUAUAUUCGGAAGACAACUGUGCAUGCGAAUGCAUGAAUAAAAGAGAGUGUGAUAAAGAACGCCAGAUGGUCUGGAAUGAAAAAUUGUGCAAAUGCACUUGCGACAAGGAAGAAGAAAUCUGCUCGAGUGGACUCGAAUGGGUUCCCUCUCGUUGCGGGUAA